UCAACGCGAGCGAAAAGCCAGAAAAGAGCAGCAGCAGCAGCAAGGACUUGGGCAGCACGAAAAAUAGUGAAAUAAGGAUAACCAGUAGUGACAGAGCAACAGCAACGGCAGCGGUACAAGCAACAGCAACUGAAGAGCAACUGGAGACCAACUGGGGAGCGGCACAGGAGUCAGGACACGAGAAAAGGACACAACUAAUAUCAGCAGCAACUAAUAAACACCGCACAUCGGCACAUCAGCACAUCAAUUUGCAUGUCUUCGUUCGUUUGCGCUGAAUAUGAAGUAAACAAAUACAUGAGCCACGCCAUAAAUGUCAAACUGAGGUGUGCCGAUUAUCAUGGCAAGCAAUGUACAACAACGGCAGCAACAUCCAUGCACCACAACUGAAGAGCCGAAGCACCAGAGAGCACGCGGAGCAGCCGGGCAGCAGUCCUGGUCUAGUCACCAGCAUCACCAACAGCAGCAGCAGCAGCAGCAGCAGGAGGACCAGGAGCAGGAUCCGCAGGAGCCAGUGCAUCACCACCGCAGUCAGGCGCCGCGGCAGCACGAGCUACUGCACCACCAGCGCAAGGUGCCGCCGACGCCGCCGUCCGCCGCCCGCGGUCGCCUACUGAUCAGCGAGGGCGCCCGGCGGCGCGAGGUGCGCGGCUGCGGGGCGGGGGGCGGCGGCCUGCUCUGCUGCAGCCUGGACGCGCUGAGUCGUCCGGCCAAGCUACUGCAAUUCGGAGUCCUGCUGCUGAUCCUGCUGCUCGCCACGCAUGGAGAUCUUGCUCAAGCGGAGGGCAAUGUUGGCUGCCAGUUUGUUAGGACGCUAUGCAUACCGCACUCCGAGGUCUGCUACGAUGACAACAUAUUCGGCAAGUGCAUUCCAACCACCGGCGUCGACGUUGAGGACAUUGAGAAGACACCACUCACUGAGGAGCAGUCCCGCGUGCUGGCCACCAUGCUGGAGGAACUCCAGGGCGCCGGCCUAGGCUGGGACCAUCCGUACGUGCAGUGCCGCAUCCAGGGGUCACUAUUCUCGCUCCAGCGACAACAGCAACUGCCGCCGAAUCUCUGCGCGAACCUGGCGCCAACUCCUCCGGAGUUCGGCGAUCCGGCGAGUGCAUUGGCCUACGUGCGCUUCACGCCGCCGGAGCCGGAGGCCGAGCUGGACUACUACGAGCAGCCCGGUGGGGCGGCGCAGUUCUAUCCGGCGUUGCGGAAGAAGCAGGUGCGGGAAAGCGAUGCGGAGGAUCUGUACCUCAACAGGAUGCUGCAGGACCGCCGCCGGCUGAGGCACGAUCCCUCGGAGCUGGAGCACUUCGGCAAGAUGGACGCGCACGGGCAGAGCACCCAGCUGGACGCGCCGAGCAUCAUGGACGCCUUCCUGGACACCGAGCGCCAGCGGAUCGAGCGCGAGCAGCAGCUGGCGGCGGCGGAGCAGGACGCCGAUCGGAGCCGCCUGGAACUGUACCAGAUUCUGGCCGCCUCCGAGCCCGAUCCGCAGCCGUACCAGCGGAAGCCGGCGGCGCAGCCGAAUGCCAUGGACCAACUGGAGGCCAUUGUGGAGCAGCAGCAGCAGCGGGAGCUGAAGGAGCAGCAGGAGCAGCAGGCCAAGGCGCCGGUCUACGUGCCGCCCGAGGAGGUGAACGAGUCCAGCGAGCUGUACUUCCCGGACAACUUUGCCCCCUUCAAGAGAGCAAGGGGUCACUCCAGAGGGGGACUGCCCGCGGAAGUGCAGCUGCAGGACGAGCAGCCCAAGCGUUCCUUCUUCCGCGAACUGGCCGGCGAGCAGGGAUUGGUGCAGGAGCCGCCUCUGAGAUUCACACAUGCGGAGGAUGCCACACCCGAAGUGGAUGCCACACCCGAGCUGGUCAAGCGCCGACCCGCGACCUUCAAGCAGCUGGAUCCGUACGACGUGAGCCUGCAGCAGCAGGAGAUGGCCUUCGAGUCGGGUCUGCUGCGGAACUCGCUGACGCCUCUCGAGGAGGAGGCCAUGCUGGCCUCCAACAGUUUCCCGCGGCAAGCGAAGAGCCAGCGCGUUUACACCGAGGGUGGGCUGCUCCUGAUGCCCCAGGACGAACAGGAUGGCGCCGACGCCAUGCAGGCCGAUGAGCCGGAGAGCGUGAAGCAGUCGCUGCUGGCCAACAUGCUGGGAUUCGCGCGCCACGAGCGCCUCGAUGUGAAGAAACCCGGACCGCUGCUAGGACCUCCGUCCUUGGGCUCCGCCGAGCUCAGCAAUCAGCUGGAGACGGAGAAGGCGCGCCAGCAGGAGGGCCCUGGCCAUGGCAAUGGCAACAAGGAGGUCCUGCCCGCCCACAUCAAGGGCAAUGCCGAGGACGACGCCCACAAGAAGAAGAAGGUCAUGAAGCAGCAGCACUCGGCCGAGGAUCAUGCGCCGCACACCGUAGACACUGAAUACGUGCAUGUGUUCGUCAAGAACCCGAUCGACAGUUGGAACGAUGGGCAGCGCAUCAUGAAGGAGCUGGAGCAAAUACUACACAUGCAGGGAUACUUUUCUUAUUUAACCGUUCAACAACACGAAGUCAGCUUCCGGGUGAACUCAAACAACCCCGAGCGCAAGACCGCCGGCGAUGUGGCACGAACGAUCAACGAGAACCGCGGCGUGAAGAACAACAUCCAGCGACGCGUCGGGUUCUACGUGCUGCACGCCGGCGUGGGUGAUGUGAUCAAGGACCUGCAGGACCCCAGUGUCUCGUCCUCCCGCAUCGAGCUGGCCGAGCAGGGACCCGACGUCACCCACAUCAUGGCCUACAUGUUCGCCGGCGCCGGCGCGGCCGCCGUGAUCGUCAUCUUCGUCACCCUGAUCCUGAUCAAGCGGCACGACCGCAAGCGGGACAAGCUCGGCGGUCUGCAGUCGGGCAUUGCGGGCGCGGAGACCUGCAGCAAGGACUACCAGGAACUGUGCCGCGCCAGGAUGGCUGGCAAGGCGGGCGGCGGUGGCAAUUCGACCGGCGGAGCUGCCGGCGGUGGGUCAAACGAACCGGCGCCGAGCGGACGGAUUACAUCGCUGAGCAAGGAGAACGAAGGUCGCCCGCCAUCCUCGCGCUCCAGCACAUCCUCGUGGAGCGAGGAGCCCGCACUGACGAACAUGGACAUCUCCACCGGGCACAUGGUGCUGUCCUACAUGGAGGACCACUUGCGCAACAAGGGACGCCUGCAGCGGGAAUGGGAGGCACUGUGCCGCUAUGAGGCGGAGCCCAGUGCUCGGGAGGCGGCCUCCCAGCCGCAAUGUGCGGGUCUCAACCGGCCCGGAGCUCCCCUGCCCUACGACCACUCGCGCGUGGUGCUCAACCACCUGGCCAACGCCGAAGGACUCGACUACGUGAAUGCAUCAACGAUUACCGAUCACGAUCCACGUGCGCCCGCCUAUGUGGCCGCCCAGGGUCCGCUUCCAUCGACCCUGGCCCACUUCUGGCAGAUGAUCUGGGAGCAGGGCGCCGUCGUCAUCGUGGCCCUCUGCCGCCUCCAGGAGAACGGCGAGGUGGCCUGUGCGCGCUACUGGCCGGAAGAAGGUGCCGAGGUGUAUCACAUCUAUGAGGUUCACCUUGUUAGUGAACACAUUUGGUGCGACGACUACCUCGUGCGUUCUUUCUACCUGAAGAACCUGCGCACCAGCGAGACCAGGACGGUCACCCAGUUCCACUUCCUCUCCUGGCCGCACAUGGGCGUGCCCGCCCAGGCGAAGGCGCUGCUGGACUUUAGGAGGAAAGUGAACAAGUCCUACCGCGGACGUCGCUCCUGCCCCAUUGUGGUGCACGGCAGCGCCGGAGCCGGCAGGACGGGCGCCUACAUCCUGCUGGACCUGGUGCUCGAGCGGAUGAACAAGGGAGCGCGGGAGAUCGACAUCGCCGCCACCUUGGAGCACCUGCGUGACCAGCGGGCCGGCGUGGUGGCCACGCGCCAGCAGUUCGAGUUCGUGCUGAUGGCCGUGGCGGAGGAGGUGCACGCCAUCCUGAAGGCCCUGCCGGCUAACACCUCCGGCGAGAAGCGGGAGCUGGACAAGGAGCCCGUGGUGGGCGGUGGCACCAGCAACAGCAACAGCACCACCAAGGAGCCGCUGAAGGAGGACAAGGCGCAGGAGGCGGCCGAGGAGGAGACGCCCACCAGCAGUUCCAAGGCAGCCGCCGCGGCCAAGAAGGAGAAGGAGAAGGAUAGGGAGGAGAAGGAGAAGCCGGCGAAGGAUCAGGCGAAGGUCGCGGAGCCGAGGACGCCAGCCAAAGCGGCGAGGCAGGCGAAGAAGUAAGCCAAUCCGAUCCAGGAUCGGGUUGAAGGUUAAGCCUCAGGUUAAUGAUUGUUGCAGCGUUUCGGGGGUCUUUUCAGUUCGUUAUAGUCAGUAAUGCAUUGAGUUCGCAUUCGAUCUUUCAUUUGGCGUGAGCACUUCGCUGGCUUCGAGCCACGAGAUUCACGAGAUUCACGCGAGUAGGAGGACAUUAUAUCUUCGGUUAUCUACACCGCGCCGAGGAGCACAACCACCGUCCGGAACUAGGGGAUCCCCCGGACGUGACACGCCGCCCCGGUCUGCACCAGCCCGUGAGACCCGGGGUGCGUCCAUGUGGGCGGAUCCGCGAACGGCGGAGUUGUGCGGCGCAAGCAACUAUAGAAGCGCACGAUAUAUACAUAUAUAGAUAUAUAGCAUAUUUGAGUGUUACAGGAUUUACAAGAAUAUUUACAACCAUGCCAUAACUUCUAUUAUAUUAAAUAUACAUGUCUAGGUGUUAAGCAUUGAAUUCAAUUAUGAGGCAUUUUACUUACUCGUACAUUACUCGAUAUCGAUGUUGGCAUUAAACUUAAACUCUAAUCGAUGUGCUUGCAAAACCAGCAAACGAACGACAACAAUCGCUGAACGGUAUACAUAUGCCAAGCCAGACAGAACUAGAACACGAAAUACACUGAGCCAAAAAAACACUAUACACUCACACUCACACUUCCACACACAUCCAGAUACAUAUACAAGACAGACAUAUAUACAGAAGAAAUGAAGAUUGCAAAAUUUGUACCUAACAAACAAAGUUCUAUUUACAACAAGAAACGAGAGAGUUCGAUGAUGAGGAGCAACCUAUUGAUGUGUAUGACAAUUAAUUAUACAAGGAUAUAAUCACACACUUAACAAAAUAUAUUUGUAUACAACAUAUAUUAUUCAUAUACAAUAUAUAUGGUGAAUGUCAUUAUCUAUCUAACCAGCAUGGGCUCGAUCCACGAAUCGAAGCGAAUCGAGCCGUGUUUUACCAGACCAUAUGUAUGUGUGCGAAGUCAAGAAAUUCAGAAAUUCAGAAUUCAGUUAUCAAUCGCUCCUAAACGUAAGCUACACUUUUUACCCUUCGCAGUUGAUUACAUAUAUCACAACUACUCUAUUAUUAUAUAUUAUAUCGUAUGCAUAGUAUGCAUAAUACAUAAUUUAUGUAUAUUAUCGAAGUAAGUACAUAAAUGUCAGAGGAACGGCACCGAAGCUCCAGCAACCGCCGGCCAGUCCGGUCCUCGGCCUUCGAUUCAUGAUUCAUGAUCCAUGAUCUACUUCACCACCUGGGGCA